GAGCGGCGCAGGGGCCUCGGGCCCGGGCCUCUUCCCGUCAAGAUGGCGGCGCCCGGCGCGCACGGUGUCUGCUUAGCGAGAGGUUGAGCCCGGUGACUGCCGAGCGAGUGUGGGGUCGGUCGCGCUGCUGACUCGGAAACGUCCGCGGUCUGCGUUUCCCCGGCGAACGCUGGAAUUUGUGAGAAGUUUCCAUGAUGGUCUGUUCAGCCUUCAUCAGAGCUGCCCAUGAACACACCUUCCUAGUAAGGAACAUCAGCCAUGUCUUCAGAUGCCAUCAGCAUCAGGCCUGGGGCUCAAGGCCAGCUGCAUCACAAUUUGCUGCCCAAGGUGCUCCAGGCAGUGUGGUGGAGCUGCUGGGAAAAUCCUACCCUCAGGAUGACCACACCAACCUCACCCCGAAGGUCCUUUCCAAGGUGGGCAGGAACCUGCACAACCAGAAGUACCACCCUCUGUGGCUGAUCAAGGAGCGGGUGAAGGAGCACUUCUACCGGCAGUACAUGGGCCGACCCAGGACCCCUCUGUUCUCCGUCUAUGACCAGCUUCCGCCAGUGGUCACUACAUGGCAGAACUUUGAUAGCCUGCUAAUCCCAGCGGACCACCCCAGCAGGAAGAAGGGGGACAACUAUUACUUGAAUCGGGUGCACAUGCUGAGAGCACACACAUCAGCACACCAGUGGGACUUGCUGCAUGCAGGACUUAAUGCCUUCCUCGUGGUGGGUGAUGUGUAUCGUCGUGACCAGAUUGAUUCCCAGCACUACCCAGUUUUCCACCAGCUGGAGGGUGUCCGGCUCUUCUCCAAGCAUGAGUUAUUUGCUGGUGUGAAAGAUGGAGAGAGCUUGAAGCUCUUUGAAGAAAGUUCUCGCUCUGUUCACAAGCAAGAGACUCACACCAUGGAGGCUGUGAAGCUUGUGGAGUUUGACCUUAAGCAAGUACUGACGAGGCUUAUGACACAUCUUUUUGGAGAUGCUGGUGCUCAAGAUCGAAUUGGCUGGGCUUUUGGCCUGGGGUUAGAAAGACUGGCUAUGAUCCUGUAUGAUAUCCCUGACAUCCGCCUCUUCUGGAGUGAGGACGAGCGCUUCCUGGAGCAGUUCCACUUGUCAGACAUCAAUCAGAGGGUCCAGUUUCAGCCUCUUAGCAAGUACCCCGCUGUGUUCAAUGACAUUUCGUUCUGGCUGCCCUCAGAGAAUUACAUGGAGAAUGAUUUCUAUGACAUCGUCCGAACAGUCGGGGGAGACCUGGUGGAAAAGGUUGAUCUUAUAGACAAGUUUGAACAUCCAAACUGCCUCUUUCCAGCAUUCUAUGAAGGACGCAUCCCAUCACCUCCACACAGCAGGACCCACACAUCACCUCCUCACAGCAGACUCCAUCCCGUCACCUCCACACAGCAGACUCCAUCCCGUCACCUCCUCACAGCAGACUCCAUCCCGUCACCUCCUCACAGCAGACUCCAUCCCGUCACCUCCUCACAGCAGACUCCAUCCCGUCACCUCCUCACAGCAGACUCCAUCCCGUCACCUCCUCACAGCAGACUCCAUCCCGUCACCUCCACACAGCAGACUCCAUCCCGUCACCUCCACACAGCAGGACCCAUCACAGGGUGGCACCUUGCGUUACCUCAAAUCCUCAAGUGUCUUUUGCAGGUGAUGGCUCAGCUGAAUCUUGGGGACAAUUGGGUUUAAAGUGGAAGCUCCCCCCAGAUUCCAGGCAGACUGAACAGAAUGUGUGAGAGAGAAAGACAGAGAGGUGAGCAACGUCACACAAGCACAGAAAUGUGUAGGGAAACAGCUGCAAGCUCAGAAGGCGCUGGAGGCUGCCCUGUCCCUUCCUGCUACUAGAAAGGAAUAUAAUGAUCAGUGACCCACUGAUGACAUGUCCAAGCCUGGGAAGUCCAAGAGUAUUGUACCAACCUCUGGGAAGGGCCUUGUUGCUCUAUCAUAGCAGGAGGGAAAGGGGAGCAUGCUGGCUCUUCUCCUCACAGAACCAUCAUCCCACUGUGGGACUCCUCCUUCCACACUGCCUCUGAGCACCAUUAUCUCCUGUCCACGUUUGCUUCUCUGUCACUGUGAUAAAACAUUGACCAUAAAACAGCCUGUGGUAGGAAAGGGUUUAUUUUAGAUUUACAGGUUGCAGUCCAUUGUUAAAGGAAUCCAAGGAAGGAGCUUAAUGCAGAAGCCAUGGAGGAAUGCUGCUUUCCGGCUUGCUCCACCCAGAACCAACUACCCAGGGCGGCAUUACCCUCAGUGGGCUAUGUCCUCCUGCAUUAAUUAGCAAUUAAGAAAAUGCCCCUACAGAGCCAAUCUGGUGGUGGCAAUGUUUCAAUUGAAGUCCCCUCUUCCCAGCUGUAUAAAAUAGACAACCAAGUUUAGCCAUUAUACUUCCAAAAGGCCUCAUCACCAGAUGCCAUCAACUGUGAAUUGGGGGAUAAGUUUCUAACAUGUGAACUUUUAGGGGCGAUGCAUUCAAGCCUCUAUAGAAGGCUUGUUUUCCCUUACAAAAUUUAGCUUAUCUGGUAGAAAAUCGGGAAAGUUGUUGAUCUAAUUCCACUUGCCUUGUUUAAGGACUUCCUUUCCUUACUUUCGGAACAGUGUUGGCCAUGAAGACUUGAGGCUAGAAAGAAGU